GGGGGAAACAAUUAAUGUAAUCUUCGCCGUCCCUUAUUUCACUAUAAAGCGACGCUGUAUAUUCCUCAAAGCCCAAUCUGCCUCUUCAUCCGAACACACACACUCACAAGCCUAAUAAGAAGCUCUUCUAUCUGCUCCAUCUUCAACACCUGCUUAACGCUUCCAUUAUCAAACCACCCAUCCAUUUUACAGUCUUACUACCAGCCUAAUACACAAAAUGGCCUUCUCACCGUGCAAAUUCUACAAGUCCGACGCCUCCUUCACUCCCCUCUUCCGACUCCUCAAUGACUUUGACAACUACUCUCGCCAAGACGCUCGUCGAAGUGCUGUUCCUCAGUGGCAGCCGAAGUUUGACAUCCGCGAGACCCAGCAAGCUUAUGAGCUCCAUGGCGAGUUCCCUGGUGUGAACAUGGACAAUGUCAAUGUCAUCUUCACCGAUCCUCAAACAAUCCUCAUCUCCGGCAAGAAGGAGCGUGCUUUCACAGCUGGUGCCACACCUACUGCCAUCGCUGAGGACACCACUAGCGAUACUGCCAGCGACAUCGAUGAGAAGAGGAGCUCCUAUCAGGCCACCGUCGAAGAUGAGGAGUUCGAGUCUAUCUCUUACGAUGGCGAAGAGGCUCCCGAACAGGCCGAGAAGACUGCGUCUGAAGUAGUCGAGCCCAAGAAGGCCGAGAAAACUGAAACGACUGAGCCAAAGCCCGCCGACAACGCCAAGUGGUGGCUCACAGAGCGCACCGUUGGCCAGUUCUCCCGAAGCUUCAACUUCCACAACCGGGUCGAACAUGACGCUGCGACUGCCAACUUCAAGGAUGGCAUCCUCUCAAUCAUCGUUCCCAAGUCUGAGAAGCACGAAUCGCGGCCCAUCUCCAUCAACUGAUUCAUGUACCCCAAUAUCUAAUAGUGGCCAAGCAUACGAUGCUUAAGGUUGCCAUACAAAUAUUGCAUGUCGGCGGAGCUUCCGAGUUCAGGUGUUCCAAUCAUCGGUUAUUUUUUGAUUAAUGGAUGGGUACAUGGGAUGGAGUGUGUUUGGCUUUAGUACGGUUUUGUUCGGUGCCGUUGUCAUUAGGCAAUUGUAAGAUAGGAAUAUUGAAUCAAUACAAAGACAUUUCGCGUUG